UCAUCAUCAUCAUCACUACUACUACAACCCCUCUUCUCAUACAUAUACUCACCUUAAAAAAAAGGGUUUUUUUCUUUCCAAAUCUCGACCUUUUUUAAGAAAGUUUCAAUCUUUCGUUAAUAUACUAAAAAGAAAACCCUAGUUGUUGCCAUGGCUGAGUUCAAGAGAAAGUUCAAAAAGGGCAAUUCUUUCACCAACAAAUGUGUUUCCUUGGUGAAGGAGCAACGUGCCCGUCUCUAUAUCCUGCGACGUUGUGCCACCAUGCUCGUUUGCUGGUACAUCCAUGGCGACGACUAGGGCUCCCCCCCCCCUCAUAUAUAUCCUCCAAAUAAUGUCAUAUAUAUAUAUAU